CCUAGUGCAAAACGUGUAGAAUAGUGCAGCUACAGAGAACAGAUUCGAAGCAUCCGAGUUAUAUAUCUUUCUCUAAUAACCUCAACACUAACAGAAGCGAUAAAGAAAAUUCUAGAAGAUUCGGAGUUCGGACAGUCAGAUUAGUUAGUCGGUCAAUUCCGGGUACAAUCUGUUUCGUUCUGCAGUCUCUUGUGUUCUACUGAAAAGUGAAUUUCUGGAUAUCGAUCCAUUAACAUCCAUUACAUUUUGGUGUCGUGUAAAAUUCGUAAUAUUGUAAAAUCUAGCAACAAUGUCAACAAAGAUUCAGGAGAUAAAAUUAGAUAUUGAGGAAUUAAACAACUUACUCAAGCAGGCUAAUAGACAACGAACCAAAGAUAUAUUAACACUGGAAAUUAGGAAACUGCAGACACAGGCAGAAGCGGCAAAACUACUGGAACAAAAGAACACGUCUACAACACCUUCGCUCAAUACUGCCCAAAAAUGCUACGAAGUAAAACUGAAUAACUAUGGGUGGGACCAGACAAACACAACAAUGAAGAUUUAUAUAACAUUAAACAAUGUUCAUCAGCUGCCCAAGGAAGCCAUUGUCUGCAAUUUUACAGAGAAAUCUCUGGAUCUGCGCAUAUUCGGAUUACAUAAUAAAAAUUAUCAUUUGCCGAUUAAUAAUCUGUGUGGCGAGAUUAAUAUCGAAAAGAGUAACUUUAAAAUAAAAACCGAUAUGAUUGUCGUCUCUCUCGCAAAAAAGAUUGCCAAAGAAUGGUCGCAUGUCACAUUGGUGGAGAAGAGAAUCAAGGAUGCAAAAUCGCCCUCCAUGCCUGAAUUAGGUGAGGAUACUGAUCCUAGUGCCAGUCUGAUAAAUCUUAUGAAAAAAAUGUAUCAAGAUGGUGAUGAUGAGACAAAGAAAACCAUAGCAAAGGCAUGGACUGAGAGCCAGGAGAAACAAAGAAAUGGUGCAAGUCUAGAUUUGUAAUUUUGGUAUUGAUCUAAUCUAGAAAUGUUUUAUCCAUUUCUUUUUUGAUACGUUAAAGAAAUGUAAUAUAAAUUCUAAAAAGCAAUGCUCUUGAGAA